AUGCUGUCGACUUGGGGACCUCCGGAUCGCUUCAAGAGUCGAUGGCAGGCGAGUUUUGAUUCACUCCUCGACCACUUCCCCUUUGCAACUUUGAUCAACGCCUUCGAGAUGGAGCCGAUCGUAUACGAGGACUCGCCACUAGCCGACUACCUUCGAGAUGGUGCAGAUGGAUCGGAAGACGACUGGGCGCCUGUUGCUAAUUCCUCAGAUCGACCGGCCUCGACCUCACCGAACUCCUCACCUCCUCCAAGCCCGUCGCCGUUUGCUCCCACUGGCCGCCCCUUUGUCAAGGCUCGGUUUCGCAAGGAUGCCCACGAUAUCCCCCAGCUCAUUUUACCGCACGCACCGUCGAUGCGAUCUAUAAGGAAACACUACUCGGUCAGUCCGGCUCGGGAUUUGCGUGCACGUGUUGAAAUAAGGAGAGGAGGCAAGACUAAUACGUGGUGUUCCGUGCAGGCCGUUUUUGCAGCAAGGAUCGACCGUGCCGAUAACUCCAAGUUUCUCGAGAAAUUCCGAUACACUAUCGUGGCCUCCCAACUACUCAGUGGCCAUUCUAUCCUGGGACAACAUCAGCCAGCCCCUAGCCUCGCCGAUGGGGCUUCCUCGCCAGGACUCAAUUCGAUCUACUCAACAGAAGGCGUUCUAGCUUCUAUUUUAGCAGCGCUGGCCCUUGCUAUCAUCUUGAGCUGGGUAUUAGGGAGCGGGCACUCUUCCAUAACUCGAAAACGACUUAUUUUCCUCAUAAUUAUUGGAGCUGCCGGGUUGGUUCUUGGUCAGGUCUAUAUUCGAAGACAGUGGUUGCGGUAUAGGAGAGAUCAAUCUCUUUCCGAAAUUUCCACAUUCGUAUCAAACUCGCAUGAAUUUGACAGCGCGACAACUGCGGCAUUGAGCUUGAUCCAGGAGGUGGAAUUGGUCUCACGUGGUUACCGCAUUAGUGCACCUCUCCCCCCUGUUAGCCGCCUCGAGGAUCGCACGCAGAGCCGAAAGUGUGUACGAUUGCGAAAGGCCUUGAAGGCCUCAUUUGUCGACAUUCUUGAAGAGUACAUCCAGGUGUCCAAGGUUGUCAAGGCCUUUUCAGAGCAAACUGAUCUCGAAAAAUACCUUGACAUCUAUGAGAUUAGCGACUUCGACAUAUCAGAUGCCAACCGAGGCUUUGACUUGGAGGAGUUCGACGACACCGAAUCGCUACGAACCUUGAAGAUUGUCGCAAGUCGAUUCCACACAGUCCGAAAGAUCUUUCUGUGUGCGCUGCUCGCUCUUGAUGCGAGUGGGGAGAGCCAGGACUUGCAGCGAUGGUCAAAUGCGGUUGAUACUCUCCGGAGUGUCAACUCUCUCACGGAGAAAGUGCAUAAAAGACUCCGAGAAAUUCUCAGCGAGGAAGAAUCGUUUCCAUCUCCUACCACUCAAAAGACACCACUUACGCCUGGACGUGAGCGGUGGCGGUCUCAGCUUCACAAGCUGAAUUCCCUGGGUACUGGAAUUAGAGGGCUUCAAGCUAAACUACAAUUGCUAAGAGAGGAGUCGGAUAAGGCACUAAAUGACUCGAGCGACAUUUCAGAGCUUGGCCCUAAUCUUAUGACCCAAUACGAGACAAUCGGCGCAGAUCUCAAAGAACUAAUGUCGGUGUGGGAGGAGGGCAAAGCAGCACUUGCUCAGGGCAUUGACAGAAACGAAAAGAGACUUUCGUCAAUGAGCACACUCGCAUCACCCACCCUUUCUCUGAGUGGGUUGACAACGGUCGGGGAGGAAGGCAAUGCGGCGGCAGCCCUCAAAGCCCUGACUGGGGAGUCGCCACCAGCUUCAGAUACCCAUGAAUCACUGGAGAUGGAACCGGAGCUUUUCGAAGCCGUGGCUCGGCCCAGACCACGCAGCAUGCUCACCAGAGAGGAGAGGAUAGCUAAGAUGAAGGACGAGCGAGAAAACAAGGCUCGAGCAAAGCAGCAGAUCGAUGCCACUCGCGGUAUGCUUCGUGAGCUAGAAACUGUGAUUAACCUGCGACCAUCUAGCAGCAAACGAUCGUCAAUGGGCGGUCGGGUGGUAUCAAUGUAG